UUGCAGUAUUUGUUGUCUCUCUCUUCUCUCUCUCUCUGGUUUUUUCCUCUGCGAAUUUUCUCUUUUAUCCUUUCUGCUUUCGCGGUAAACAAACAGGAUAUUUCGAGCUUGACGAGAAUUGAACUGAUAAAUGUUGAGGAUCUGCAACUAGUUGAGAGAAGAAUACUUUUGGUGUUCAUAUUGUUAGACUUCAUCAAGAUUUAUUAGAAGGCAACGGAAUUUGAUUUUUCAGAUACAUUUCAGAAGAAAGUUUGACUCUUUAUUGGCUGAUUAGAGGAAACAAGCAUCGGUUUUCUUUCAUUCGCAUAUAAAAGAUCGGAAUCUUACAUGAGAACCGAUGAUUUUAGUUUUGGGAAAUGUCAACAUUCUAUUGAAAAUCUGAAAAUAGAUUCGUAUACUGGGUUUGCCUGAGGAUUUGAACAAAGCAAAGCAUGUGGUGAUUCGUGGUGUUUAUAAUGUCAAAAUCCGUGUAAUUUACUUAUCUGCCUGAGAGCAAUCAGUUUUCACUGGUUUAAAUUCAAUCGAGAUUUGGAGAUUUCUUCGCAAUUGAAGUUUCAGGUGUGCACAAGGAAAAUGGAAAAGGACUCGUCGAGAAACAGCAGCAGCAAUAAUAAUAAUAAUAAUAACAACUUACACAUCAUUAACAAUAAUACCCACAAAACCGGAGGCGGAGGCGAAGGUUUGUUAAGAACAAUUUCAGAGACCACCACAUCCACGAGACAUACGACGUCGGAUUUUGUGUUGCAGUGGGGUAAUAGGAAGAGGCUCAGGUGUAUGAAGAUCCAGGUUAAGGACGAUUCUAACGCCUCGGUUCAUCGAACCACGGUUCGAGUUGAUCGCCGGGUCGUUAGAGCCGAUAAAGACGGUUCUAAUCAGCCAAGCACAACUACCAAUAAUAAUAAUAGUAAUGGAUAUGUAAAUCUCCGCCAGCGUCCUUCCUCGCCUCCUCAGCGUAUUCUCAGGAAUUCUGAGAAUUCUACUGCCAUGAGAAGCGGGUACGGGCAGAAUAACGGUGGCGUUAGAGGGUUUACUUCACCAGACAGGGGUGCGCACGAUAAGAGAGGCACCAAUAACAACCACCACCUUAGCAGCAAUCACGAUAACAAUAAUAACAACAAUAAAUCAGGGGCGUCUUCCGAAGCAGCGCAUGAUAGCAAAAGAGGAGGGUCAUCUUCCGCUGGAAGCGGAGAGGCAGCAGCGGCACCACCUCCAGCAGUAAUAUGGCCACCAAAAUUUGUGAUUGCUUUAACAAAUAAAGAAAAAGAAGAAGAUUUCAUUGCCUUUAAAGGUUCCAAGCUUCCUCAAAGACCAAAAAAGAGAGCAAAGUUCAUCCAACGCACUCUCAAUCUUGUAAGUCCAGGGGCGUGGCUUUGUGAUCUGACACUAGAACGGUACGAGGUUAGAGAGAAGAAGAUUACUAAGAAGAGACCGAGAGGGUUGAAGGCUAUGGGCAACAUGGAGUCUGAUUCUGAGUGAAGGAAAUCCUCUGGCAAGAAAGGUUAUUAUAAUGAUGCGAGAUUGAUCACCACGAAGUUCUAUAUACAAUGACGACAAUGAUUAACGGUACCAAUUGUUUGUUGAAAUUUGGCAGAGGAUGUGAGAAAAUGUUGAUACUGUGUAAAUCAUCUCCUUUCACCACACGCUAUAAGAAUGAAAGGAUGACUUUUCAGCCA